UCUCACUUGUGCUAACUUAUGGUAGUACUUAUUGACCUCUUUGUUUUAUUUCAAAGGAUAAAACUAAAGACAGGUCCCAGUGCUACUUUAAACAACCCUUUAUUCAUGUUCGAAAUUACUUACAAUGAGAUUUAAUCCACUUAUUGUGUCUUCGGCUGCGGCGGUUACAUUAAGUUGCAUUGUGUCGGCGGCCGCAUUUUACUACAAAAGUCGAAAUAAAGAAAUCAACGAUGUGAUGGUAUUCUGUAAGCUACAACUCAACGCCUGGAACUGUUUCGACAAAUUGAUUAGUUACAUCGAAGGCGCUAAAACUAGUGUAGACGUUUGCAUGCCUAGUAUCCACAACCCAGCUAUUCAAGGAAGAUUAGUAAAAUUGAUAAAAAUAAAAAAUAUUAAAGUCCGUAUUAUAAUCGACAGAAAUGGAUACAACGACUCGACAGAUUUCUUAUUAAAAGAGCUAUUGGAUGCUGGUGCCGAAAUCAAAUGUAGAGUAAACGAACGUUAUAAUAUGCAACAUAAGUUUUGCUUAAUCGAUGACAAGAUCUUGAUGACGGGCACUCUGAACUGGGGCGACGAUCGUUCAUCGGACAACUGGAACUACGUUUAUGUCACCAACAAGCCCCAACUUGUGGAACCAGUAAAGAAGGAAUUCAAUCAAAUGUGGAACGUCGACAUGAAUAUAGAAGACGCACUUAGAACGGAACCUGCAGUUUAUGAGAGCGAUGAUGAAACUCCGGAAAGCUUACCGCGCCUUACUGACAGUACCAUCGAAAGUGGCAGUGAAAACCAGUCAUUCCAAAUACCUUUUCUAAGAGAAACUCAAGUAACACCAGAGGUCUGCAUAAUGUAAGAAUUCCGUAGUUUCCCAACUUUAAUUUAUUUAAAAAUGUACCUCUUAAUUUAAUUUAAACUUGCAGCGUAAGUAUACUUUAAUGUUUUUAAGCAA